UCUCCUCUGAGCCAUGGCUGAAUGAUAUUUCUUCCUUUUUCCUUUCAUAGCCUCUGGACUUGGGAUUCAAAAGCCUCAGCUCUUGUUUCCUGUCAUGGCUACUCCAAAUGGAACUCUGGUUCACCCAGCAUACUUCCUGCUGGUGGGCAUCCCUGGCCUGGGGCCUAACGUACAUUUUUGGCUUGCUUUCCCACUGUGUUUUAUGUAUGGCUUAGCCACCCUGGGAAACCUGGCCAUUGUCCUCAUUAUCCGCAUGGAAAGGCAACUGCAUGAGCCCAUGUACCUCUUCCUGGCCAUGCUUUCCACCACUGACCUGGUCCUUUCCUCUGUCACCAUGCCCAAGAUGACCAGCCUCUUCCUGACAGGCAUCCAGGAGAUUGAGUUCAAUGUUUGUCUGGCCCAGAUGUUUCUUAUCCAUGCCCUGUCAGCCAUGGAGUCAGCUGUCCUGCUGGCCAUGGCUUUUGACCGCUUUGUGGCCAUCUGCCACCCACUGCGGCAUGCUUCUGUGCUCACAAGGCCUACUGUCGCCAAGAUCGGACUAGCUGCCCUGAUUAGGGGAUUUGUAUUCUUCUUCCCACUGCCCUUCAUCCUGAAGCGGUUGUCAUACUGCCAAACGCAUACUGUGACACACUCCUACUGUUUACACCAAGAUAUUAUGAAGCUGUCCUGUACUGACACUACGGUCAAUGUAGUGUACGGACUCUUUAUCAUCCUCUCAGUCAUGGGUGUGGAUUCCCUCUUUAUUGGCCUCUCCUACAUCCUCAUCCUGAGGGCUGUGGUGGACAUGUCCUCUUGGGGGGCAGCACUCAAGGCCUUGAACACCUGCAUCUCCCAUCUCUGUGCUGUGCUGGUCUUCUAUGUGCCCCUCAUUGGGCUCUCGGUGGUGCACAGGCUGGGUGGCCCUACCUCCCUGCUCCAUGUGAUCAUGGCUAAUAUCUACCUGCUACUACCACCUGUGGUCAACCCCAUUGUCUAUGGGGCCAAGACCAAGAAGAUUCGUUCACGGGUCCUCCGUAUAUUCUCACUGGAUGGCAGGUGAGCAGGAUAACCUCCUCAGUGUCCUCAUUUCCUACCAAACAUGGGAGGACAAGGAUCCUGUUGAAUGUC